AUGACCGAGCAGUACAAGAAACACAAAGACGAUCCAAAUUUGGUGAAACCUCAGUCACUCAAUAAGCUGAUGAGCUCUGCUGAAUUGCCUAUUUCUACAGACGCCGAAGUCGAGAUUGGAACAGCGACAACCGCACCAGCCAAAGCUGCUGAGCCGGAAUCAACAGUCAGUACCACGUCGACAGUUCAAUCGGAAAGUAAGAAGCCCCAGCCAUCAAAGAGUACUGAAUUGUCAAGUACGCAAACUCAGAAGGCGUCGUCGCUUGCACCCCAAAGCAAGCCUUCAGCACCUGCCCCUACCCAGAAAUCGAUACCCGCUGCUUCUGUCACACCUAAGAAGCGUACUCCACGUACGCGUACUCCGCGUGCGCGUACUCCGCGCAAAAGCCAACCUAAGAAGUAG